UUAACAUUGAUGGAAUUUUUACAUUUACUAAUUAGAAUUCAUUAGUUACCAAGUAGCUUUCUUUGAACAUAUUUUCCCUGAUUAUGUGUGAUUAAUGCAUUGAUGGAGUUUUCUAAUAUUUCUAUACACAGGGGUUGAUUAAUGCAGUCCACACCCUAGCGCCAAAUGCUGAGCACCGACAUUGUGCUCGUCAUAUCUAUGCAAAUUGGAAGAAAAAAUGGCCAGGGGUGAAGUUUCAAAUCCUUUUCUGGAAUAUAGUGAAAAACACUUGCAUGUCCGAGUAUAAUGCACAAUUGGCUGCACUGAGGGCAGAAUCCAGCGAUGCGGCUGAGGACUUUUUGAUUCAAAAUCCUAAGAGUUUUUGUAAGUCUCACAUCAACUCUUACAACAAGUUGGACAUUGUCGAUAACAAUAUAUGUGAAUCUUUUAAUAGCUACAUACUUAAGUUCAGGGAUAGUCCUUUGAUUGACAUGCUUGAUGGGAUAAGGUUGUUACUAAUGAGAAGGUUAUAUGAUUUGCAUAAACUUUCCGAAGGUCGAAGAGAUGUCUUGUGCCCCAACAUUAGGAUUAAACUAGAGCAUGAUUUGAAUGAAAUCAAACAUUGUGACGUUGCACCGGCUGUUGGCGGGAAGUAUGAGGUACAAAAGUAUAAUGACACGCAUAUAGUCGACCUAGUUGAGAAGGUAUGCAGUUGUCGAUAUUGGGAGCUCACAGGGUUACCUUGUUUUCAUGCUUUGGCAUGCAUUGUCCAUUGUAGGGAAGACUAUGCGAAUUUUGUUGAUGUGUUUUACCAUAGUUCUAAUUGGGAAUCAUGUUAUAAGAAUGGUUUGCAACCAAUUCAAGGAGAAAAAGAAUGGCCUCUUGUGAAUGAACCACCUGUGCUCCCACCACAAUAUCAAAAACAGCCCGGUAGGCCCAAAAAAGUAAGAAAACGAGGACAUGAUGAACCGAAAAAGGUUGGAGAGUUAUACUUGUCCAGAAAAAGGAAGGUGAAAAUGUCUUGUAGCAAAUGUGGUGGCUCUGAUCACAAUGUUAGGACAUGUAAAGCAGCCACUCCUGAAAAGAUAACACAGCCGAAGAAGGCAUGAGGAAGACCAAGGAAAGAUGCGUCUAUCUCAAGUUCUUCUUCAAUACAUAUUGAUCAACCAACAAGAUCAAGGCCGAGAGGGAGACCAAGGGGAAGUACUUCAAACCAAGAAAUACCAACAAGAGUGAGCUCAGGCCUUGGUUUGUUGCACACCGAUACUGGAAAUGUGUAUCUUAUGCCUUCAAUUGGACGAAGAGUGCAAGUUAUGAAUGAACUGCGUUCCAGUCAAAGCUCUCAAGUCAUUGACGCCCAAACACCUCCGUGAUCGUGGAAGCAUGUUGUUGAGAGUUUUUUGGUGAACAAGUUUUUUGUUGAACAAGUUUUGUUGCAAGUUUUUUACUGCAAAAGGAGAACUCUGUUUUUAUAGGAAGGUGUUGGUGAAGCUUGAUUACUCUGUUUUAUUUAGUUUUUUUUAUGCAUAUUCUAUCUUUGAGUUCUCUCUCUUCCUGGUUACAAUUCCUAUGUAUGCA